UGCUCGAGACAGAAGGGGGAACAACUUUGAUAAAAAUUAACUUAAAAAAUCAAUCGCUCAAGGCACAGGUAUUGUCGAUUCUCAGCGUGUUUCUGCCAUCACGGCAACAGUUCACCUGUCGUCAGUAAACAACAAAAUUAUUGAUUUAUUUAUGAAUUGGAUCUGAUGUCCCGAAGAACUUCAUUAACAUGGCUGACUCCGGGAAGAAAGGUGCUAAUUACACAAGUGCUAUCAGGAAAAGGACCGUUUCUGAUAAAAAUGAAAUGAGGAAAGCGGUAAAUGGCGAAAGAGGAGAAGAUAAACACGAGAGCAUGAAAGAGGAAAGGGCUUUACAAGAAAACACUGAACUUUCAGAAAAGAAAACGACAAAGUCUAUGCUUGAUAAGAAUACAAAGAAGACAACAGUUCACGAAGAAAAUAGCAAUACCGGUAUAUCAUAUGAUGGCCAAGAUACCAGAAGAGAAACAAAAGCUUACCAUGUUUGUUUGUUUAUUUUUUCAAUAGCAUCAUUAGCCACCAGGCUUUAUAAUAUAGAAAACCCUCCACAUGUAUGUUGGGAUGAAACACAUUUUGGUAAAAUGGGAAGUUGGUAUAUUAAUAGAACAUUUUUCUUUGAUGUUCACCCACCUUUAGGAAAGAUGAUGAUAGGAUUAGCUGGCAUUUUUACUGGUUAUGAUGGUAGUUUUCCCUUUAGUAAACCAGGUGAUGACUAUGGUGACACAGAAUAUGUAGGGAUGAGAGUAGCUUGUGCUAUAUUGGGAGCUGCCUUGGUGCCUUUAUCUUAUAAAAUUGUUUGGUUAUUAACACAUUCCAUUGUUUCCUGUAUUUUUGCUUCAUCACUUAUUUUAUUUGAAACGGGAACAUUAACUCUUUCAAGACACAUUCUGUUAGAUCCUAUUAUGAUGUUUUUUAUCAUGGCUGCAACAUAUUGUAUGCUUAAAUUUCUUUCUUAUAAAAACCGACCUUUUACUAUAUCAUGGUGGUUCUGGAUGUGUGUAACAGGUUUUUUUCUAGCUUGCUCAAUUGGUGUUAAAUUUGUUGGAUUGUUUGUGAUAUUAUUAUGUGGUAUAUCAACUAUCAUUGAUCUCUGGAAUAUUUUAGGAGAUAUGUCAUUAUCUUUUGUUGAUUGUUUUAAACAUUUUGCAUCAAGAGUUGUUGGCCUUAUUCUGAUACCGGCCAUAUUUUAUGUUAUAUUUUUUGGAAUUCAUCUUAAAGUAUUGAACAGAACUGGAAAUGGAGAUGGAUUUUUUAGCUCUGCUUUUCAGUCACAAUUAAUAGGCAAUAAAUUGUAUAAUGUCAGUAUGCCAGCUAAUAUAGCGUAUGGAAGUAUUCUAACAUUAAAACAGAGAAGAACUGGGGGAGCGUAUUUACAUUCACAUUGGCAUCUUUAUCCAGAAGAACAUCCACCUAAACAACAACAGAUCACUACAUACAGUCAUAAAGAUGAGAAUAAUUAUUGGAUAAUAAAACAAGCUGAGAAAGAACCUGAUAAUGAUGCCCCACCACAGUUGGUUCGAAAUGGUGAUAUGAUUAGAUUAGAACAUGUUGUAACUCAUAGAAAUUUACACAGCCAUAGAGAACCAGCACCCAUCAGUAAAAGACAGUACCAAGUUUCAGGUUAUGGGCAGAAUGGAUAUGGAGAUGCUAAUGAUAUAUGGGUCAUAGAGAUACAAGGAGCAGCCAAAGGUGCAGUAGUUCAAACUGUUAGAUCUAAGCUAAAGAUCAUACAUUAUCAUGUCCGCUGUGCUCUGCAUGCCAAUGACAAGAAACUUCCUAAAUGGGGUUGGGAACAAUUAGAAGCUACAUGUCAUCCUAAUGUCAGAGAACCUAAAGCUUUGUGGAGUGUGGAAGAAGUUAAAGAUGCAAGAUUACCAAAUGUCAGUUUUGAAGUCUAUUGCCCAAGUUUUAUUGAAAAAAUCACAGAAAGUCAUGCAGUGAUGACACAGGGUAAUAGUGGGUUAAAACCAAAAGAAGGUGAAAUAACAUCAAGACCAUGGCAAUGGCCAAUAGAUUAUAGGGGUCAGAUUUUCUCUGGAAAAGAUUUUAGAAUUUAUUUGCUUGGUAACCCAGUUAUAUUUUGGUUAUCACUCAUUGUUAUGAUAAUAUUUUUCGUCAUUUAUAUCAUGUACUCUUUACGAUGUCAGAGAGGAGUACCAAUGCCAAAAAUGUUAAAAGAUUAUCAUACUAGAAUGUUUACAGCAUGUUGGUGGCUCGCUUUAGGCUGGGCAUUACAUUAUAUACCUUUCUGGUUUAUGACCAGAGUUCUGUAUUUUCACCAUUAUUUUCCUGCCUAUUUAUAUAGUGCCAUGUUAACAGGUAUUAUGUUGGAUUACAUGGUCACUAGAAUCUGUUUAAUUUUACCAGAAAAAUACACUAUUAGAUUUUUCUAUUCAUCAGUAUUCGUUAUUCUCGCCAUCAUUGUUUACAGUUUUUAUCUUUUUCAUCCUUUAACUUAUGGUAUGUCUGGUCCGCCUGCUAAAGAUGAAACAAGUAUGAUGUAUGGAUUAAAGUGGCUUGAUAGUUGGGAUAUAUAAUUCUUAUUCUUUUUGUGUAAUGGCAGCUAUGUUUAAUAGUGAAGUAGAGUUUACUAGGCUUGAUUGCUAGUCAAUGAUAUUGACUGAGAAACAGUUCGAGAGAGAGGAAGAUGAAUCUGUUUAUAGUUCAAUAACGUAAAAAUUAAUCUUUUGUCUUAAUCAAAUAUGACAGACUCUUCUUAUAUAGAAAUGUUUAUACCUAGUCCUUCACAUUAGCAAAACCAGGAAAGUCGAUAGCGUUACUCAAGAAACACCAUUUAAUGGGAUUUUUUUGUUGUGAUUUUAUAGUUAAUGCUGUCUAUCUAGAUAUUUAGAAUGGAUAAUGAUCAAAUAAAAAUUGCUGAAACUUGUCCCCUUUGAUUGUAUUGUGGGGUUUACACGGUUUCCUUGUUUUAGACAAGCAAUUUAAAGUUUACCUGGAAUUGAAUCUGUAUGGGUUUGUGUGAGUGAUCACUCACUUAAUUGAUUGAAUAUCGCACCAUUUGGCAUUGUGUAGUCUCAAAAUCAUUCCAAAAGAAAAAUCUACUAAAUGCCAGUGCCUUUUUCUUGGCUCAAUAUCUCAUUCCAUUUAGAAUAAUUGGGUCCUUUCAUUUCGCUUUGGCAGACAGUCAAAAAAGCCAUGGGGAGAACAGUCCAUCUUUGCCAAUAGAAAUGUUGGAGCAGCAGACAAAGGAUAUGAUAAUCAAAUCUUCUUCCUAUAUAUAUAUAUGUUCUCGAUUGACAAAUGUUUUCUGUCUGUUUUGGAUAAGUUAAUGGAGCCGCCCAAAGUUUUAUAAGAGAAAAAAGGUGAUAUAUACAUACACAUUUUAAAGAACAAUAUUGGUGUCAGUCAUUAUGUUUUCCUUUUGCUUUCGUCACUUCCGUUUUUUGAAAUCUUCAUUACGCUUCUAUAGUAGCAGUGAUGUCUGUGUUAAAAUUAUAUUUGGAACGUAUUGAACCAGUUCUAUCUAUUAUGUGAUAAUGACUGACACCAAUAUUGUUCUUUAAGAGUUAAAUAUUUUAAUGUUAUGGUAGAAAUAUUUUUAUAUUGAUUUUCAUCCAUAAGUUUAUUGCACAUAUUUCAAUAAUUAUUAAUCAGCAUAGAAUAUUAAAAGUAUAUGAUCUGUUUUGCAUAAUUACAAUAUUUUUUUAUUUUUUCCUGAAAUUAUAUUAUAUGUCUUUUGAAUGAUAUUCUUACAAAUUGUUCAAUUCACAAACAGCAAAAAUCAAGUGUACUUAUAGCAAUACUUAUUUUUAAAAAUAACAUUUAAAUUAAAUUUGGAUGUAGUCUUCUUGUUUUUGUAAUGCCAAGAAAAAUUAUCAUGGAUAUAUGUUGUUGUCACCUGCAUCUUUCGUCCAUCCUCAAUUUCUUAUGAAUAUUCUGAAGGUCAGAGUAGGUAACAGAUUUUUUUCAUAUUUGCUGGAAUUUUUUAGUGGGUCAUAAGGAAGAUUUCGAAAUUCAGAAUUGUUCAAUUCCAAAGGUUUGCCCUGUUUAUGUUGAAACCCAUUGUAGGAAUUAAUGAGAAUUUUAUAAAUUCAGUGAGAUUGUUGAGGUAUAUGGAAGUAUAAAAGUAUGUAAUACCAAGGUUGUGGACACUCUAGAAGUCACAAUUGUUGUUAUCAGAUUUUGAUUAAACAUACAAUAUAUGUCUAUGUCCCAAAAAUCUUGGUUCCCUUUGCUAUUUGCGCAUACCAGACCGUAACUUCCUGGCUUAUGACCCCUGAUUGUACAGAAAAUCGUGCCUUUUUUAGCUUGUCAAAAUUUUUUAUCCGAUUUUAAAAACCGUUUAAAUAUAUCACCAACGAAACUGACCGACAAAAUGGAUGCUCUUUGUACACAAGUGUGUAAUACGAAGAUUGUGGACCUUCUAGAGGCCACAAUUUUUAUCCGAUUUUGAUGAGGGGGGUUGGAUGGCCGAAUGGUUAGCACUUGCGCUCUGUAUCAUGAGGCCUGUCAUUGAGUUAACUGGCGUGGUUUCGAAUCCCCAGUUGUACGUGACAAGGAGUAGGGUUGCCUGUCCAACCUCGUGGCUUUUCUCCGGGUCCUCCGGUUUCCUCCCGCGCAAGCAAAUUAUUGAAAUAAAAUUAAACCAUAUGUUAACCCCGAAAUGACCUAGUCUGUGUCAAGUGGAGGUUAAACCCCAUUUCUCUCUCUCUCUCCGAUUUUGAUGAAAGUUAAAAUAUAUCUUUAUAUCCCAAAGAUCUCGGGGGACUCCGCCCCUUUCGAUAUUUGUGCAUUUCAGACCAUAACUUUCUGGAUUAUGGCCCCUGAUUGUACGAAAAAUCGCUUUUGUUUUUAGCUUGUUCUCUGUCCAUUUCUUGCAAAAUGUGGAUGUAUCUUGCCUGGCAACAGCUGGUUAAAAUCUCAGUAGGAUUUGUACAUUGGUAUAUAUAUAUAUAUAUAUAUUGUAUAUUACAGGUUGUGGCCUUUGUAGGUACUAAGUGUUAUACUGUACAACAAUUUAAUUGUAAAACUAACAAGACCCUGUGUAAUUUUUAUGUCAAAUAUUUAUUAAUCAUCGCAUAUUAAACUAAAGCAUGAAUGCACAUUGUACUAUUGUAUAUUUUAUUUAUUUACAUAUUAAAAGAAAAUCAUACAAAGA